UGAGUAUGUAGCAUAUUAGUAAACCAGAGACCGUUUGGUCUCUGGGCGAUUGAACGUCUCAGGUUUUGCAAUGAUGUUAAACUGUGUAAUCAUUUAUAAAUAGAGUCAAAAGUGUAUCAUCUUUAAGAUACUAAAUUUUGGUUCACGUAAAACAUGUAUGUGGAAGAAUACAUCACACAGAUAAAGAAAUUAGGUGCCGGAAUCUUAAAACCAAAUAGUUUUAGUGUUUGACAGAGUGUGCAAGUGUGUACAUGGGGUCUAUUUUUGCAUUCUAACAACUUAUCAUCAUAAACGUAAAGAUUUUCGGUAUCUCAAUCUCAAACUAAACCACCUUUCCUAUCUGGACAUUACUUCUAAAUCACACUUUAACGCAGUGAGAGAGUGAUAAUAAUUACGACUCUACUCACGGAUUCUAUCAGAUUUUUUCCAUCAACAUAAUUUCGAGGUGAAGUACGUUGGCUGUCACAUUAUUCAGGACUGGAAGCGUCGUCAGUAUCAAACAAAAGCUGACAUUGAUUACCAACACUCGUGCUCUCAUCCCUUCAAAUUCAUUAAGCCCAUUCUAUAUAUCGAAUUAUUCAUUAAACUCACUAGCAGAAAGACAGAACAAUUGCCAUUCGAAAGUAUCUGCCACGCCACAACUGGUGCUCCUGAUCUAUUAAUUUGAUAACAAAAAAAUUGAAGCAAAAAAUCUUUACACGAACGAAUAGCGAUCGUGUGUGUCAGUUGCAAUUGGAUUAGGAUAUUCAUGAGAGUAUUUCGCUACAAUUGGAUCUGUCGUCUCAUUCUCACUCUAUAACAAUACAAAGACAGGGUUGUCAUCUGACCAUAGCAGAUUAUUGCCAACCCUUCACUCUUUGGCGAGUAAGCUAAUAUUGCUAGUUUGGCGUUUCCUCCUGCACUACCACAGCACUUUACAGGACAUUAGAUCAUGUCCUUAGAUCCGUUUGCAAAAAUUUUUGAGCUCAUUGUGCUAGCUUCCACCAUUCGUUUGUAAGCUCCACUUGGAGAGGAAAAUGUGCUUCGCAUAGAAAUUAGUCGUUGUUGUUUUAGCAUACUAACCCCAUUGUUGCUCGUAUUAUCUCAAAUUAUUUACUAAAUCGCCAGGAAAUUAUAACUGCUAAAAACACUGGGGUUUUGGGUGAAAUUACAAAAUUUCCAAGUGGUUCAUCAUCGUGUUAAAAAUUGUAGCCUAAAAAUUAAGCAAGUUAGCACUGGAGUCAACAAAUGGUUCAAUGCAUUAUACGUUUUACACACACGCAGUAUUAUAAAGUUGAUCUGUGUCAGAGAUACCGUGUUUAUUGAAAAGUAUUAUUUUUGUUAAGGCGUUUAUUACAAUGUAAACUUUCCACUGGACUAGUACAACUUUUUGUGUUGAGGUUGGAUAAAUUCCUUAGGCAGUAGGCUGACUAGAAUCUAUUCGAUAGCAUAAACAUACUACUAUUCUGCACCACAUGCAGUAAACGUGUCCCCUGGUGAAACCCAAAUAAGUUGGGUUACUGUCGAACCAAAAAACUGAAUUCAAAAUGACGAUCAAGGAAAUUUUUUACAAUUUGGAAAGUGAUGGCGACUCUAAAAAAGGUCUCAAAUCCUCCGACUCGUUUGCUUCAAGUAACGAUCAAGUCACGGCAAGUCCAACGCACUCGAAUUCUGUGAGCUCUCAAUCGGAUUCUUCGGAUGGAAAUGUUAUCGUCAGCGGUGACGACUCUUCUGAACGGGACUCGAACACUUUUGAAGGUUUACUAAAGCUUUGUGGCGAGGCGGGAUUUUGGCAAUUAAAGAUUUUUCUCCUAACAUCCUUUUGUGGACUCUGCACUGCGCUUCACAAUCUAAUCUAUGCAUUUGUUGGAGCAAUUCCUGAUCAUUGGUGCGAAUUGCCACAAGUGGAUGGAUAUUCGCAUUCAGAUUUAAAAAAUCUUACGAUUCCAAGAGACGGAGAUGACUACGAUACAUGCAAGCAGUUCCGAUACACCGUUUCUGGGUCAAAUCUGACUGUGAACAGAGAUGACAAGUUUUCUUGUUCCAACCACGAGUUUGACGAUUCCGUUUUCGAGAACACCAUUGUCACGGAUUUCAACUUGGUGUGCAAGGAUGAUUAUCUGGCCUCAACUGUCCAAGCCAUGUACAUGUUUGGAAUUUUGUGUGGAAGUCCCUGUUUUGGAGCAUUGUCAGAUCAAUAUGGGAGAAAGAAAACUAUUCUGAUUGCAACAAUCAUUUUUACAUUGGCUGGCCCUCUGGUUGCACUUGCUCCGAAUUUUUACAUUUUGAUGAUUGCAAGAUUCGUGCUCGCAUUCGCUUCCCCUGGGGUUUAUGGAACUUCGUUUGUCUUGGUCAUUGAAGUUCUUGGCCCUGGAUGGAGGGGACUUGCAGGAAAUUUGUUUUGUUUGCCCUUUGCUGUGGGUUACAUGCUGCUACCUGGAGUAGCCUAUUACAUCCGGAACUGGCGAUAUUUGCAGUUGGCUUUGUCGGGCCCAUCGCUCAUUUUGUUGGCGACAUGGUGGUUCCUACCUGAGAGCCCCCGUUGGCUGCUUAGACGAGGGCGAGUGGAGGAAGCCGAAUCAAUUUUGAGACAAGCUGCUGCAACCAAUGGUCGAAAAAAGAUGUUGCCAACUUCAUUCGGCGAUAUGGUAGCAAAAAUUGGAGACUAUGAGAAAGAAGAAACUGUGAGCAUUACAUGGAAGAAACGAUUGUCUAGCGUGUUGGAUGGGUAUGCUAGUCUGCUGAGGUCCCCGAAACUUCGAUUACGAACUUUGGUUAUCUACUUUUGCUGGGCAUCGAUUAGUAUGAUCUACUACGGGGUGGCCUUGAACUCACCCAAUUUGUCGGCUGACAGAUAUUUGUACACGUUCAUCGGAGGUGUUUUAGAAGUACCGUCAUAUUUCAUGGUGCCGCCGCUAAUUCGCUUUCUCGGACGACGACCAGUAUUCUCCGGAUUUUUGCUGAUCUGCAGUGCCUCCCUUUUAGCCAGCUUGUUAUUUGAAUCCGGAUCCGUAACUAUCAUCAUAUUGGCUUUAUUUGGCAAGUUGGUCAUUGGGGGAGCUUACUCACUUGUCUAUCUUUAUGCCACCGAGUUAAUGCCUACUCUGUUGAGGACGUAUGGACUUGGAACUGCUAGUAUGGUUGGACGAAUUGGAUCUAUUAUGGCACCAUACGUCGUGGACUUGCUGGGAAAGGAGAACAACACGUACCCGAGUAUCGUGUUUGGUUCCGUGUCACUAAUUGCUGGAUUGCUGUCAAUCCUUUUACCUGAGACUCGUAACCGAAGAUUACCAGAAACGGUGGAUGAUAUUGAAUUUGAUAAAUUAUAAGGCUGGCAAAUGUGAACCAUGUAGUCAAAUAUAUCAGCCAGCAAUUUUAACAAAAUAGACGAAAUGUAACUAACAUUACUAUUGUACAGAGAUUUUCGUUUUGAAAUCAGUUUUGUUGUUUAGCAAACCAGGGGCAGAUGAUGUGUGUAUGCGAACGAAUUGAUGUUAAAUGUAGAGACUGAAACAAACUUUCAAAAUUCAACUCUGUUGGAGACCAAUUUCGUAACAUACAUGUUCAAAUUUGUAUAGAACUUGUUGUAUGCAUAUAGCAUCAAAAACAGAUAUAUAUGUAUUUAAAUACGGAUGCUUAGUACAAAUUCGAAAUUAUUGCACUUGGAUAACUUUCAAAAAACAACUUGUUGCUUUUGUAUGUAUAUGAAAAUAUGUAUGUUGGAUGUUGAAAAUAAUAAAAUAUUUAUUUUAGUCCGUCA